CUUGACAUAUCUAUUACUAUGAUGACUUCUACAACUCAUGCACCCGGUGAUAAAGUUCUAUUGAUUAAUUCUCCAUAUUCAAAUUCUUUGAAACUUGACGAAAUCUGUGAACAAUUUACGCAACAAGUCACCAAAGACG